AAGAAGAAGAAGAAGAAGAAGAAGAAGGUUCCGGUUCAGUCCCAGCAGCGUUUUGUUUUGUUUGUUUCUCCGCCGUCUGGUUUUAUUUUCCGCUCUCAUGUACCGAGCACCGGACAGACCUCAGCGGAGCCCUGCAGCCCCGCGGCCGGCUGGGAGGUUCCCCUCCCCGGCCUCGGGCUGGGCUUUUCCCCGCUCCCCCUACGGAGGCUCCGGACAACGGGGAGCAUCUCCCCGCGGCUACUCUCCGGCUUCUCCGGGCUACUCUCCGGGCUACUCUCCGGGCUCUCACCGAGGAUACAGGGACGGGUCCCCGGCCGGGUUCGGCAACGGGUCCCGGGGGUUCGGGGACUCUCCGGCCGGGUUCGGCAGCGGGUCCCGGGGGUUCGGGGGGCAAAUGCGGCACAGAGGAAGCGGAGGUUUCCGGCGGCCUCCGUCCUUUAGUCCCGCCUCAGCUAACUUCCAGUCUGGAUCUUCAGAUCCUCCGGUGGAGAAGUAUUUCAGUCCGUCGAUGCUGCAGGAUCCCUGGGCGGCUCUGCAGCCCGUCACAGCCGGACGGACCACCUGACAGGAAGUAAACAACAACAAUAAUACCAUGGUAACCACAUCAACAGCCAGACGGACCACCUGACAGGAAACAACGACCAGACUCAUCAUCAGCAGAUUUUAACUCUGAGGUCAGCUGAUCAGAGAACCUUCUGAGCGCGCUCAGUAACCAGCAGAUUUCAGGGAUUUUUACUCAAUGAACUGACGAUGUUUUUAACGUUUUUAAUUUUUUAGCCACAGAUUGUUGUUCUUCGUGGGUUUUAUUCACAGACUGUUUUUAUUUUUUUUAAAUGAAAGAAAUAAAAGCUUUAGUUUAAACUGAA